UACUGGAAAAUAAAGUAGUUUCCGAGAAGUAAAUUGUUAGCUAGAGUAUUCCAGUAUUAGUUAUCCUGUGGGCCGGCCUGCGACGCCGAUGUGUAAACACCGCUGACCGUAUACGCGUAGGUACUUCACUGACUGACCUGUAGUAUUGACACUUUACUUAUCAAAAAGUGAGUUCCUCUCUCGUCGGUCACCUUCGAGUUGGUGCCUGAAACAGUCCUGCUGCAGUGUCUGAAGUCCCAUCUUUCCAGGAAGAACCCACUUGCGAGGGACGGGUGUGGUCUAGAAAGCUCAGCUACUGGAGACCAUAUCAUGUACUUGUCCUUGCCUCAAGCAGAGUGAAAAAACCAGGAUAGUGUUUUGGAUGCACAUUAUACAAAGAGAAAAGUGUUGUGCUAUUAGUGGGCCGAACUCGUCACAUGUUUCUGGAAUACCUCGCUGUUUAACGGACAGUAGUAGCUUGCCGGCUGAUUCUAGUCGCCGGUGCACCUGACUGGUGUGCUGCUAUUCACCUGGCGUGGAGAUUGUGGAAGCAAGAUCGCGCUGACAGUGGAGUCAAGUACUUCGAAGUAGCAAUAUGGAGAAUUAUAGAAAGGGCUCUGGUGCUGAGCAGCGCCCUAAUAUCCAACUUGAUAGCUUCAACUCUGAUCUGAAUUUCAUAGUUCAUGACUCUGGCUUGUCAGGUUCCUCUCACCGGGGUGCUGCCGGCUUUGGAUAUAUGUGGGCGGGUGCUCGCGCUAACCGGGGUGCCAAGCGAGGUAGAGUGUGCUUUGAGGCAACUGUUACUAGCCAUGUUGCAGUGAAUAUGGACGACACUCCGGAAGAAUUGCAGCACUUGGCUAGAUUUGGUUGGUCCGUACCAUCGCUCAGCUAUUGCUUGGGCGAGGAGAAGAAAUCCUAUGGGUAUGGCGGCACUGGCAAGUCAUCCGUCAACAAAUCCUUUGCUGACUACGGUGAAAAGUUUGGCCUGAAUGAUACCAUUACGUGCUACUUGGACAUGGAAAGCUCACCGAUCACCAUUUCCUAUGCCAAGAAUGGGCGCUUUCUGGGAAAGGCCUCCAAUGCGUCAGUCGGCAAUGAUGAAGCUUUGUUUCCUCAUGUUCUUGUCAAGAAUGUCGGCCUGCAUGUCAACUUUGGCUCUUCGCCUCCCCGCUACCCAGUUGAAGAGGGAUAUUGCAUGCUGGAGCACGCUGAAAUGGGCUGGCUUGCACAGGGUCCUAUUGCUCCAGUCAGCUUCAAUGCCUGUACUGUCAUGAUGAUGGUUGGCUUACCUGCUUCUGGCAAGACAACCUGGGCCAGGAAGUACCAGUCGGAACAUGCAGACCAGCGCUACACCAUUCUGGGUACAAAUGACAUCAUGGAACAGAUGCGUGUGAAUAAUCUUAUGCGCAAGCGCAACUACCAUGGGCGCUUUGACCAGCUCAUGCAACUCGCCACUAAAGUGCACGGCAAGCUAAUGGACAUUUGCAAACAUCGCAAGCGCAACUUCAUCCUGGAUCAGACGAAUGUCUACAGCAGUGCACGCCAACGCAAGAUCAACAACUUCCGACAGUUUGGAGAGCGCCAAGCCGUGGCACUUAUUGUCACUGAUGAUGAGCUAGGUCGGAGAACCAGUCAACGUGAGCGCAAGGAAGGAAAGCUCGUUCCUGACUCCGCUGUAAAGGAAAUGAAACGGAACUUUGUUCUGCCUACUCUGAAAGAAGGAUUCACAUCGGUUCUCUUUCCUGAAGAGCCAGAAGAAAGCGCACGGUCAAUUGUGGCCAGCUAUGCUAGUGCAAGUCUAUCUAAGAAUACUGCACAGAGUAGGAGUUCCGAAGGUACUGAGCCAGCUGCUAAGCGUCGCUUCUCAGGUAGCCAAGAUGCUAGUGAAGCAGCUCAGCCUCCAUCACUCCUUGGUGAGUAUAAGCGAAACCAUGCCCGUGGCUCUUUGGAUCGUCCCGGUUUACUUGCCGAUAGUAACUCGUCUGGACCCGAACGUCAGCCGCUUAUGGAUCGACCGCCACCAGGAGCACCUGCGGCAACGCACCCAUCUGGUCACUAUGAACGUGAGCAGCGUGGAAGCAGAGGUGCUGGCAGAAACAGACGCCAUCGCGAUGGAGGCGACCAAGGCGAUCGCUAUUCUCGUUACCGUACUGACUAUGGCCAUGGUCCUGGAGGUGAUGGUGCCUUCUCAUCACCUGCGGAUAGGCCCGCCAGCCUUCUCAACAGAGCACAUCCAGACGGGCCGCCGACUGGAGAUCGUUCAUCGCAAUUCGAUGCAGCUAGUGGUCAUCAACACUUUCAUAGGCCUGCUGGAGAGGAUGAUAGAACUGGUAACAAGAUCAAACCUCUGUUGCCUGACAGACCAUUGGCACCACCUGCAUCUCGUGACUGGUCAGCAGAUGGAGGUUCUGGCACUGGUAGAGGUUAUUCAGCAGCGGUGGCUAGUCAUUCAUCCCAUUCUACUGACUCUUAUGCACAAUCUGGACAUGGUGCUUCUCCUGCGGGUCAGGUGUAUAGUAACAGUCAAAGCGGGCAAGCAGCAAGUAGUAUGGCAAGCAGUAGUCCGUACAGCCAGCAACAGUAUCAACCACAGCAGCAAGCGUACAGCAAUAACUAUGGCUCCUAUGGUAGUUCAUUGCUGUCCGCACCAUCACCGCACUUGCCUGACCAGCAAAGUAACACAUACAGUGCGGAUAACAGUGCCACUUCUUUUGUACACGCAGCCGCUGCUGCAGCUGCAGCUGCAGGUGUUGCCCAGUCUUCACAGGUACCAGCAGGGCAUGUCACUGGGCAAGCAUAUUCACCUUACGGGAAUCAGUACCCACAGCAGCAGCAACAGCAACAACCUGCUGCGACUAGCGGCAUGCUUGCUCAGUAUUCCUAUGCGAGCACCCCUUAUGGUGCUUCUCCAGCUGCUUACGCUGCAGCUCAGCAACAGCCACAGCAAAUUCAGCAGCAACAACAACAACAACAGUAUGUUGCUGCUUACAAUCAAGCGUAUGGUCAAGCGUAUGGUCAGGCGUAUGGCCAGUCAGCUCAACAGUCAACAUAUCAGACUGCUCCUGCUCAGGCUCCUGUUGCUGCCACCGUUGAUCCCACUGCUGCUGCCGCCGCUGCCGCAGCAGCUGCAACUGCUGCACUUCCGUCAGCCUACGGGUCUUACUCCAACCAAUACGCAACUGCACCAGCUCCGUACCCUGCGCCGCAGAGCCAGUACACCUACCAGUACUAAUGUACGUUUGAUGGAUUGUAUGUGCGUACCGGCGUGCUUGCAUUAUUAUGUGUGUGCGUGCGUGUGUGUGUGUGUGUGUGUGUGUAUGUGUGUGUGUGUGUGUGUGUGUGUGUGUGUGUGUGUGUGUGUGUGUGUGUAUGUGUGCAUUGUGCAGUGCUUGUACUAUCCAUGGCAUCCUGGCUUCAGCUGCUCAUGGCCGCCGUCUGUCAAAUAGCACCAUAUGUCUAUCAAUACCACUGUGCCACUGCACCACUGGACCGUCCAUUGUCCAGUAAUGAACAGUAUGCUUAUUAGCAUGCUGUGUAUAUUGUGUAUAGCUGUAAUUUUUGUUGACAAGCGUCUUUGAAACUAUUAUGUGCUGUGAAUAUUUUUGAUCCUCUUCUCCUAUGUUCCGCCUUUGGCCGUCACUGAGCAGCAGCAACAGCACCUGCAACGUCUUGUAUGUAUGCUAGGACACACACCUUUGCCACAUACCCCCAGCCUGUAUCUGUGCAUCCACUUGCCAGACAUCCUCUUUGUGUACUGUGUGAAAUGCAAAUAAAUCCCCUCUUUUUUCCUGCAAAAUUGUUACACCUUCGGCAUGUACCUCGGGUGAAAUUGCUCCUAACUUCUGUAUGAAGAGACAGCACUGCACAUUGUUCCAUGCUAGUCUUGUGGCUGCUACAGCUGCCAGCCGAAUCUGUAGACCUCAUUCUUUUAGCAGGUUGUCAAGAAAGAAGGCAUUGCUCUUUUGCAGUGCACUGAGUGAA